GUUAUUGCAGUACAGACCUAAUAUCACAGUGUGAGUGACAGAGGUAUAGUUACAGAGUCUGAUCCACAAUUGAUAGAUAUUUUCACAUCAUGGCUUCAACAAAAAACCAAGUUGAACAAAGAGGAUCAGAUCACGUCGAUGUUCCUGUAAAGACGAUACGACAAGGUGAUGAAAAGGAUGUGGAUGAAGCAUGCGCAAAACAUUCCGAUGUUGUAACUGAUAAAUGCAUAAAUGGUACAAAUACGGACAAUCGUUAUGAAGCACAACUCUAUCUGCAAGUAGUAUAUAUGUUCGUUGACUUGGGUACAAAAGUGCUUUUAGAUUUAUUUUCGUACUUACUGGCACAUGAUGAUAUCAACAUGUUACUUGUUGACUUUUUGAAAUCAAACGAAACAAAACUAAUGUUAGAAAAGUUAUUCAACGAUAGAGUUAUUAAUAAAAAGGAACUCAGACUUGCAACAGCGGACAAUCCAAAGACGGAAAAUUUUGAUAUUUCUCUCUUGUUAACUUUAAUGAUGAAUUUGAUACCAAACAAAAUACUUUCUCCACCAAAAUAUGGAUGGAAAACACCCCCACCUCUCACAGAUGAUUCCAUAUCUGCAGAUUUGUUACGUCUUCGAAAGAUCCGAAAUGAUAUUAUUGCACACAUUGCAAGACCUCAAAUUCCUCAACCAAAAUACAUUAGAACCAGGGAUGAACUAAUCCACAUUUUAUGUCGACUAACCCAAAAGUUUCAUCCUCGCACGUCAAAAGACAAGAUUAUGAAAGAAAUUAAAAAAAGAAUCGAUUCGUGUCAAGUUUCUGUUGAUUCAUCACUAACAGAAGGUUACAUCAGUCGUGUAAAAGAAUGGCACUUAAAUUUCACUAACAAGGUAGAGGAGUCACUCAAAACAUUAAAUGAGUUUGACUUGUACUUUACAAACAAAUCGAACCGAUGUGAAAGAUAUAUAGAAUUACUUUUCAAAGGUGGCAAAACUGUUUUGUUUGGUACUUUGGAACGGGAAUGCAAAAAGAAAAAGUACAAUGUCAAAGAUAUGUCUGAAUUCAUUAAAUCAUCUGACCAUAACGAAAUAGAGAGUGAAAGAAAAUAUUGGAAUAGGGAUCCAUCAAAUUGGAAUGUAUGGCAACUGUCGACAUUUCUAUUAGACAAGUUUGAUCAGGAUUUAAGUGCAAAUGAAGUAAAGGAAAUUGCCAAUAUACACAAGGCAGUUACAAAUUAUGCAGAGGCUAUAGUGUCCUCUUUAGACAGAGAUCGCUUCAGUCCUCUGUGGACCAACUUGGUCAGUAGCAUUAAAUGUAUGUCGAUGGUUUUAGACGCGGAUAUUAAACAGCGGUGCGAUGACUUAAUUGAUAAGAGUGACAUGGAAACUGAAGUCGACCUUACAUUUCUUAAACAGUUUUAUCCAAAACUCAGAACAUUAACAGAUGAAUACAAAGUAAAAGUGAGACAGUUUAAAGACUUAUUACAGGAAAUGGAAGAACACAAUAUACCUUUUCAAGAACCCCAAAAACUGGAAUUCAAAUUCAUAACACUUGGGGACAACAAAGAGAAGACAAAAAUAGCCGAAGAAAUAUUAUUUUCAGUGUGGCAGGUGGCAUUGGGACAAGUUGAAGAUUCAACUAAUUUCAAGACAGUCCGAAUUGCAGUAAACAGAAUCCUUCAAACAAUAAGAAAUAUGCCAGAUGUCAUAGAUGUAACAGCUGUACAUAAAUGCAUAAUUGUAGGAAUCAGCUUUCAUUCGCCAACGGGUAUUUUAGAGCUCCUGAGUUAUUUGGAGGAUGGAACCUUUCAAGAAAGCAUUACAGUAAUAGAAAGUGAAUUAGUGGAUGUUUUCGAUGGAUGUAUCAAAAUAAUGUCGAACUUCACGCUAGACUCUCUGCACGCUAUUACAACAAAUAUAGCAAAAGGUGAUAAACGAAAAGCAAAUGUCAUCAGACUUCCUAUUACAUGCAAAUCUGCCGAAGGAAUAAUGGCUGCAGUGUCCUUUUGUCAAAGUAAAGAAAUAGAGGAGAGUAACAAAAUUAUAUCGAAAUCACUUUCUGGUAGUCUUGGCCAAAAAAUUACGCUACAGACAGGUUUGGCAGGUUUUUACGAACAUUUGGAUGACACAGAAUCGGAGUCUAUAUCCUCCGAAGAAACGAUUGGUGAAGAGAUGGGCAUCAUUGAGUGCACAACACAAACUGCAGCUGAAAAAUGGACUGACAUUUUAGAACAUGACCCGAGACAAAUGGGAAAAUAUGCUAGCAAGAUGACUGUGGCUUACUUUUCUUACAUCUGUCACUUCGAUAUGGUGGCGGCAUUUGAGAGAAGCAGAGUUACGGAGGGCUGUAGGGAUGGUGUAGCCGGGGGCCACCUUCCGCCAGGUGUGUGCAACAUCAUCAUCACCAGAGCCAAGACGAGAUACCGGCUACAUGGUACACCCGCCAGGAGGCAUGCAGGAGGUCGGCAGAGUGUAACAACACCAGCGCAGGAUCGGUUCUUUGUCGUUCAGGCACUUCGUGCAAGGUUUUCGACAGCAACUUCUCUUCGAAAUGACCUUGAAAUGCUGAAAUGCUGCCGGGUCCGUGUUUCCACGCAGACGGUACAUAGAUAG